CGGCACGGAAAAUAGCCCUGGCGACCAAGUGUAAAACUUCAGCCCUAUAAGGUAGUGCCUGGCCGCCCUUCGUUAAACCUUCAAUGUUUGAAGCCGCGAUUGAUGAUACGAGCGGUUGGCAUUGUUCUCUAAGAGAUCGGGUGCGAAUAACUACCUACCUAGGUAGAUACGCGAGUUAAGAUGGAAUCGCCUUGGUUGGUAUUGAACGCCUUUGGUGGCGUCUUAUUAACCAUCGCGAUUGUACGGGUUAUUGCUUUCGUUUCUGAAUUAUGGAAUCACCGAGUCUUAGUAAAGAAUUUGGAGAAAAUGGGAAAGCCAAUGUCAGCGCAUAGUAGUCUUCUAGGCCAUCUCCUCGCGGCAAAAACUGCUAGCGACGAGCUUCCUCCCGGUGCUCACAGCAGUUAUAUUUUAGACCGCAUGGCUAGAAAAUUGGAUGGAAAGUAUGGCCCGCCAGCCUAUUAUUUUGACAGUUACCCUGUGAGCACACCUAUGCUCAUAGUGAGAGAUCCAUUCAUCGCCAAUCAAGUCACCGGCCACUCCUGGACUUCUGCCCAGAAACCACCAACUCUCACGGAAUGGUUUGCACCUAUCUCAGGGAAAGGAGGUAUCAACCUCUUCACCCAAAACGACCAGGAAUGGAAACACGAUCAUAACUUGUUCUUGCCUUUCUUCAACAAUAGCAACCUCGAUGCUACGAUGCCUAUUAUCAUCGAACAGAUGCUUAUUUUCCGCGAUAUUCUCCGAAAGAAAGUCGAAGCGGGAGGGCUCUUCCGUUUAGAACCAUUGGCGCUCUCGCUCAUGAAAGACAUCAUCGGCCGAGUAGUCUUCAACGCCGAACUAGGAAACCAGACUGCUGGCUCUCAUCCUCUUUCUGAGGCCAUGUUGCGCCAACUUGAUUUAAAAUUCGGCGCGAACAAUGUCAUGGACAACCUUGGCCAGCUCAAUCCAUUCCGGGCAUUUAGAAUUUGGAAUAACGGCCGCAUCCUUAAUCGAAACAUCUACACUCAAAUGGCGAAGCGGACUGAUGCUUUUCGUGAAGCUAAGGCGCGACAAGAGCAGUCAUCCUUCAACUCAGUACUCGACCAAGCCCUUGAAACCUAUUACUCUGAACCAAACCAUAAGCUAUCCGACCCUCUCGAUGCGGAUUUUAUGGAUAUUUUAUGCGCUCAGUUACGCAUGUUUUUCUUUGCCGGCUACGAUUCCACCUCUAGUACAAUGGUCAGUUGCUGUUACAUGAUCUGGACGCACCCUACCGUCUUAUCCAAACUCCGCGCCGAACAUGACGAAGUCUUUGGCACAAAUAUCGCAGCGUGCCCAAGCAUGAUCACCGAAAACCCCUCUAUUCUCAAUUCCCUCCCGUAUACCCUAGCAGUAAUCAAGGAGGCACUGCGACUUUUCCCUCCCGCAAACGGUAUCCGUAUGGGAUGCAAGGACUUAGUACUGAAAGACCGCGAUGGAAACGAGUACCCCACUGAGGGAUGUGGCGUGCAGAUCAACCACUUGAGCAUCCAAAGGAACCCCGCAUGCUGGCCCCGACCACUCGAAUUUCUACCCGAGCGCUUCAUGGUAGGUCCAGAUCAUGAGCUCUACCCAGAGAAAGGCUCCUGGCGUGUUUUCGAACACGGAAUUCGUAAUUGCACAGGCCAAGCUUUCGUCAUGAAGGAAGUAAAGGCCUUCCUCGCCCUUGUGUGUAGGGAAUUCAACUUCCAGGAGUGCUAUGAUGAGGUUUACGCCGGUGAGAAAAUAGAUCUGGUGAAUGUGGAUAACGAGAAAGCGUAUCUUAUAGAACAUGGCGCUGCGCAUCCGCGGGGGGAGUUCCCAUGUAAGGCGUCGUUUAGCGGGUACGUGCCCGGCGAGACACGGUAAAGUGAGAUUUCUAGGUACAUAUCUUCCCCCCAAGGCGUAUUUGCAGCAUAUCCAAGUCAUUGCAUAUACUUUAAUUUC